GGGUCGUGACUGGCCUCACACUCCAGUACAGUUGGUGGCGGUGUACUCACCAAGAAGAAGAAGACGACGCUGGUCAACUGACUUCUAAAGAGGAGAGGAAAGCAGUAGGAGCGUAAUUAGUGAGUGUGUGUUGUAGAACUUUUGCUAACGAACCCUGAAAUAUAUCGGAGUAAAAAGGGACGUGGUGUGUGAGAAGACUGAGGUGGGUGUUGUUUUCACCAUGGCCAGUUUGGACUAAGGAGCAGCCACGAUGAUUGGAGGACUGUUUAUCUACAACCACAAAGGGGAGGUCCUUAUCUCUCGUGUCUACCGCGAUGACAUAGGGCGCAACGCGGUGGACGCAUUCCGUGUGAAUGUGAUCCAUGCCCGGCAGCAGGUGCGCUCUCCUGUGACCAACAUUGCACGUACCAGCUUCUUCCAUGUCAAGCGCUCCAACAUCUGGCUGGCGGCGGUCACCAAGCAGAAUGUCAACGCCGCCAUGGUGUUCGAGUUCCUCUACAAGAUGUGCGACGUCAUGGCCGCCUACUUUGGCAAGGUCAGCGAAGAGAACAUCAAGAACAACUUUGUGCUGAUCUACGAGCUGCUCGACGAGAUCCUGGACUUUGGGUAUCCCCAGAACUCUGAGACUGGAGCACUAAAGACCUUCAUCACCCAGCAGGGCAUCAAGGGCCAGCAUCAGACAAAGGAAGAGCAGUCUCAGAUCACUAGUCAGGUGACUGGGCAGAUUGGUUGGCGUCGCGAAGGCAUCAAGUAUCGACGCAAUGAGCUCUUCUUAGAUGUGCUGGAGAGUGUCAACCUGCUUAUGUCGCCUCAAGGUCAGGUCCUGAGUGCCCACGUGUCCGGCCGUGUGGUAAUGAAGAGCUAUCUCAGUGGAAUGCCGGAGUGCAAAUUUGGCAUGAAUGACAAAAUUGUCAUUGAUAAGGCGGGUAAAGGCGGUGUCACUGAUGAGGUGGGAAAGAGUACCAGUGGUAAGCAGUCCAUAGCCAUCGACGACUGUACGUUCAACCAGUGUGUGCGUCUCAGUAAGUUUGACUCGGAGCGCAGCAUCAGCUUCAUCCCCCCGGAUGGAGAGUAUGAGCUCAUGAGGUACCGUACCACUAAAGACAUCAUCCUACCUUUCCGAGUCAUUCCGCUGGUCAGGGAGGUGGGCCGCACCAAACUGGAGGUCAAAGUGGUCAUCAAGUCCAACUUCAAACCCUCGCUACUGGCCCAGAAAAUUGAGGUGCGCAUUCCCACGCCGCUCAACACAAGCGGUGUCCAGGUGAUCUGCAUGAAAGGCAAGGCCAAGUACAAGGCCAGCGAGAACGCCAUCGUAUGGAAGAUCAAGCGCAUGGCUGGGAUGAAGGAAUCUCAGAUCAGUGCUGAAAUCGAGCUGCUGCCCACCAACGAUAAGAAGAAGUGGGCCCGUCCUCCCAUCUCCAUGAACUUUGAGGUUCCAUUUGCCCCCUCCGGGCUGAAGGUGCGUUACUUGAAGGUGUUUGAGUCCAAGCUGAAUUACAGUGAUCAUGAUGUUGUCAAAUGGGUGCGCUACAUUGGCCGAAGCGGCAUCUACGAGACUCGAUGUUAGAGCGCGAGCUGAGGCAUACCUAGCAUUCUCCCUCCACACUUUACAUAUUUUCUUAUGUCCCUCUCUCUUCCCUCCAUCUCUCUUCCCUUUAUUCCGCAAUGUUAGGGAUGAAUGUAAAAAAACUGGCAUAACAUAGAUACUGUAUAUGCAAAAUGUGAACCAUAGUAUGGCAUCUCUUACUAUGGUUAAAGGUAGACUCAACGAUAUGAUGUAGAAAGUAAACAGCAUAGUGGGUCAUUUUCUGCAGCAACUAAGAGCGUUGAAGCUCAACUUCUCUGCUAAGUGUUGCAUCUUGCUCAUUUCAAUAGCCAGUGCUGCUCAUGGCAACAUUUCGAUGAGUCUACCUUCAACUUGCAAACAAUCUGCCCCUGUAUAGAAAGAAUACAAAUAACGUGAACUGGUGGGGUUGAAGGGUCCAUAAUGUGGUGGAAGGUCCGGGUUGAGUGUUACUGUCCAGGUCUUUGAAGCGUCCAUUUGUUAUCCACCCUUUUUCUAAAUGGUCUUUUGAGUCCAACAUCCUCUCUUACCUGUGACAUGCAUCUAGUGAGCUUAUUGAUAAUUGGCUGUUUGUAAAUGGUAGUUUGUUUCUUUGGGUGGAAUACAACCUGAGCACUAGUGGCUUGGUGCUGACCUGCCUUUUCAGAGCCCGUGAUGAGGUCGCCCCACCCCCCCGGUGGUCACAUUGCCUUGUUUGUAAAACCUGGUGACUGUCCAGUAAAAUCCCAUCAUGUAACCA